CAACCCGGCCACAACCGAAAAUUUGUCUGUGGCAGUGUGAAAUCCGGUCCAAAAAAAAGGCCUCCAUCUGAAGUGUUUCUUGAGAAUAAGGAAUGAACUCUAUAUAGUCUAUACACAUCAUCACACUUAAACCAUCAUCCCUGAACCAUCUCCAACCAUCUUGUUUCCACCUAGCUUGCUGGCCCCACAAUUCAUCGCAACAACACCUAGUACCAAAACCCCGCGGCGUCGUCUCAUUGAUACCUCUACCCCCCGUUCCAGAAGCAGACAACUAUCAAACAGUAAAAUAGCCCGGCAAAAUGAAGGCCUACUUCUACGACAACCUUCCUGGUGAUCAACGCCUCCCCCACGACUCCGGCAAGGAAGUGACGGUCGCGGAGCUUGAAAAGGUCGGCGUCCUUUACUUCCGGUUCCCGGAUGUCGAGGGCGUAAACACACUGGCGGCGGAGCGCGGCUACAAGAACCGGGACGAGAUCAUCGUCUCGCCCGAGAAGAUGGGGGCCAUCUACGAGACGAAGGUGCGCCAGUUCUUCGACGAGCACCUGCACGAGGACGAGGAGAUUCGGUACAUUCGCGAUGGUGCCGGGUACUUUGACGUGCGCAACGAGGGCGACGAGUGGAUUCGCAUCAAGCUUGUCAAGGAUGAUUUGAUCAUCCUGCCUGCAGGCAUUUAUCAUAGGUUUACUACUGAUGAUACCAACUAUAUCCAGGCUAUGCGUCUGUUCAAGGAAGAGCCCAAGUGGACGCCUCUGAACCGUACCGAGGGGCUUGAUGAGAACCCCUACCGCCAGGAGUAUGUCACUCAGUUCCUGAAGGCCCAAGCUGAACAGGCAUAGGAGCAGCCAAAAGGGAUGGGACAUAGCCUUUAUAGCCACCACAACUUGAAACAAGGAAAGCACAAAACAACACGCUAGCCGAGUUCGCUACUUUGCGUUAAGCGCCACAUAUCUAUACCCAAAUGCAUGCGAAAUAUCUAUAGCACCUAUCAACUAAAGUCUGGUGUGCGACCAUUCAGGUGUUUCCCUUUUUGCCAUACCGACCUGGCCGCUACCUAAGCUUGUGGUAAUCGGGCUUUCUGGCAUAGCUGGUUUGACGUGGACCUGGUUUUACUCUUCCUCUGAUAUGUCAUGGUGUUGUCCUGAACGAAACCGCAAGACCGCAUGCAUAAAGUGCGCUACUUUUGUGCCGUAGUGAAUGACUGUCUUGUGUCAACUGAUCCCGA